AUGCGAGGCCAAGGGUAUGAUGGAGUGAGCAAUAUGCGUGGGGCGUGGAAUGGAUUACAAGCAUUGUUUCUUAAAGAAUAUCUAUAUGCAUAUUAUGUACACUGCUUUGCUCACCAACUACAACUAGCAUUAGUUGUUGAAUCCAAAGAUGUGCAAGAUAUAUGGCUAUUCUUUUUAAAGUUGAAUUCUAUUGUCAAUCUUGUCAGUGCUUCUCCUAAGCGUCAUAGCGAGUUACAAUCAACUCAAGUGAUUUUAUCUACUAAUAAAUUAGCUACUAGUGAACUUGAGAGUGGUAAAGGAGCUAAUCAGAUUAAGACUUUGCAACGAGCAGGUGCCACUCCAUGGAGCUCUCAUUUUGGUUCUGUUAGUAGCUUGAUAGACUUAUUUGGUCCAUCUCGUGUAAUUAUUAAAAAUCUUUCAAAGAAUGGACCAACUAAUUCUAUAUGUGGGGAAGCAAAAGGCGUUUAUCUGGCAAUGUUUCCAUUUAAAUUUGUAUUUAUCUUGCAUUUGUUGUGUGAGAUAAUGGAAAUUAUUAAUAUACUUUGUCAAGCACUACAACAAAAAACUCAAGACAUUGUAAAUGCUAUGAACCUAGUUUCAAGUUCGAAUGCACUCCUUCAAAAUUUGAGAGAAAAUGGGUGGCAUACUUUCUUUCAAAAUGUGGAAUCAUUUUGUAAAAAACAUGACAUUGUAGUACUUGAUAUGAGUGCUUCUUAUAUGGUGGGUACAGGUCGUUCUUGUCAACAAAAUGAUAGUAUUACAUUUAAUCAUCACUAUCAAGUUGAUAUUUUUAAUGCUGCUGUAGAUUUUCAAUUGAUGGAGUUAAAUCAGAGAUUCUCUGAAAGUACAGUGGAACUCCUUAUUCUUGGCACAACUUUGGAUCCUAAAGAUGUUUAUAAAUCAUUUAAAGUUGAUGAUAUUUGCGAUCUUGCAAAGAAAUUUUAUCCUAAGGAUUUUCAAGAUGAGAUGCAUGCUUUGAAAAGCCAGUUGGAACAUUAUAAGAUUGAUGUACUCCAUCAUCCGAGUUUUCAGAAUUUGUCCACCAUUUCUGAUUUAUGCAAAAUGCUAGCUAAAACAAGAAAGAGAGAGACUUAUUAUCUGAUUGAUAGAUUGAUUCGUCUCAUAUUGACUCUUUUUGUUUCUACAGCAACAACAGAACGAGCUUUUUCAGCAAUGAAGCGUGUCAAAACUAAACUUUGCAACAAGAUGGCUGAUGAAUUUCUUGCAGAUUGCAUGAUUCUCAACAUUGAAAGAGAACUUGCUGAAGAUAUUGAUAUAGAUUCAGUAGUUAAUGAAUUUGACUCUCUUAAAGAUCGGAGGGUUCAUCUUCAGCAGGUUACUUGCUGCAUAUGA